ACCGCGGCGCUCCCUCCCCGCACCGGCCAGUGAGUACACAAAGCGGCGGGUGAGGGGAAGCUUCGCAGGCGUGCACGGAGCAGUGAGAUCACUGGCGUUAUAAAUAUCCCGGUGCCAGCGCCGAGAUCCGCUCGGGUGGCCUCUCUCUCUCCCUCUCUCUCUCUCCCCCUCUCCCUCUCCCUUCCCCGAGGCUAUGUCCACCCUGUGCGGCGAGGGAGGCAGCGCCAGAGGCACGCAGCAGCGCGGGGGCUACGGAGCCCGGAGCCAGCCCUGCAAGAUGCACUUAGGACCCCCGCGGCCGGAAGAAUGAGCUUGUCCUUGCUCUUCCUCCUCUUCAGCAGCCACCUGAUCCUCAGCGCUUGGGCUCACGGGGAGAAGCGUCUCACUCCCGAAGGGCAACCCGUGGCUCCGAGGAACCCGGGAGACUCCAGCGGCAGCCGGGGCAGAAGUAGCACGACGUCCUCCUCGUCUUCUGCCUCCUCCCCAGUCGCGGCUUCCCCGGGCAGCCCGGGAAGCGGCUCGGAGCACAGCAGUUUCCAGUGGAGCCCUUCGGGGCGCCGGACCGGCAGCCUGUACUGCAGAGUGGGCAUCGGCUUCCAUCUGCAGAUCUACCCGGAUGGCAAAGUCAAUGGCUCCCACGAAGCCAGUAUGUUAAGUAUUUUGGAAAUAUUUGCUGUGUCUCAGGGGAUUGUAGGAAUACGAGGAGUUUUCAGCAACAAAUUUUUAGCGAUGUCAAAAAAAGGAAAACUCCAUGCAAGUGCUAAAUUUACAGAUGACUGUAAGUUCAGGGAGAGAUUUCAAGAAAACAGCUAUAAUACCUAUGCGUCCGCCAUCCACAGAACUGAAAAGACAGGGCGGGAGUGGUACGUGGCCCUGAAUAAGAGAGGGAAGGCCAAGCGAGGCUGCAGCCCACGGGUCAAACCCCAGCAUGUCUCCACCCACUUCCUACCCAGAUUCAAGCAGUCGGAGCAACCUGAACUUUCCUUCACGGUCACUGUACCGGAAAAGAAAAAGCCACCUCGCCCGGUCAAGCCAAAGGUCCCCCUGUCCCCACCUCGCAGAAGUCCCAGCCCAGUGAAGUACAGAUUGAAGUUCCGCUUUGGGUGAUGCUCAUCUCAGCCUUGUGGGAAACCGCUCCUCCACCUCAGGACCUUCUACAGGCAUCAUGGAGCCCCGAAGGAAAACCUUCGGACGCAGUGUCCCUCCAUCCCUCCGCUGUGCUUACACGUGUGGAAGUCAGGUCAUUGUUUCACUUUGGAACAAAACUGCUUUAUUUUUUUAUUUUCAUUUUAUUUUAUUUUUUUAAAUUUUAAACAGACACAGAAAUGGGAUUCUCUGUAGUGAUCCAGGGAACACAUCCCUUCAGCUCAGUAAGGUAUAAAGACUUCGUGAUUAGAGGAUGAUUAGCAUUCUACAUAUUUAGAAUGUUCCAUACCCUGGACUAUAUGUAUUUUUGUGAUUUUUUUACAAAUCAACCUGAAAGAACAAACAUGAUGCAUUUUUUAUUUUUGUUUUCCAAAGAAUAUUUUAAUGCAGAUAAAAUAUUUUAUAAACUUUUGUUUUUUUAAGGUACCUCUACAUUGAGCAUAUUUUCUUACUUUUAUUAUUUUAAUGUGCCACAAGUAGUCCAUUUAUUGCUAUUCAUGGAUUAUAAACAUUUUGAUUGAUUGUCUGGUAGCAUGAGGCUCUCCUUUGCAUUUUUUUUCUUUAUUGCAUUGUUUACUUUGUUGUAG